AUGGGUUUACUAAUUCGGCCUAACCAAAUUGUUAUAGCACAUAGGUUAGAUGAUCGACUUCAUGAUGGUAUUGUUGUUUUAGAACCAAAACCUGUCAAAAUAAUUCUGACUCCUUUAAGAUAUAUAUUGAAAAAAAUAUUUGAACAUUCUAACUUUUUCGAUGUGCUAUUGACUUACACUAAGGAACUUGAAUUUUAUAAUGGUAAAUUAAUAUUCAGUUUUGUUCAGUCGGAGAUGUGGAAAGCAAAAUUAAGACUUCACCAAAAUAAAAUUAUUUUUCCUCUGUUCUUGUACUUUGAUGAUUUGGGUAUUAAUAAUCCACUUGGAUCUCAUGCAGGAAAUCAAAAACUUGGUGCUGUUUACAUUUCCUUGGCUUGCUUACCACCUGAACUAGCAUCUUCCUUAAAUCAUAUAUUGCUUGCUUCUUUAUUUAAAACAGAUGACAAAAAACAGUAUGGAAAUAAUAAAAUAUUUAAAGAUUUAAUUUCAGAACUUAAUUAUUUAGAGACAACUGGGAUUGAAAUAACAAUAAAUAAUAAAAUAUACAAAAUAUUUUUUUCAGUUGGUUUAAUUUUGGGUGACAAUCUUGGCUUACAUUCUAUAUUGGGAUUUGUAGAAAGUUUUGUUGCUAAAUAUCCCUGUCGAUUCUGCAAAAGCUCUAGAUCUGAAUGUCAAAAUCAAUUAGUGCAAAAUAAUAAUAGUUUAAGAGAUUCGUUAAAUUAUAACUGUGAUAUUAUCACUAAUAAUGUAUCUCAAACAGGCAUAAAAGAAAAAUGUGUUUGGAAUGAUUUGAAUUAUUUCAGAGCAACAGACAACUAUAGUGUAGAUAUUAUGCACGACAUGCUUGAGGGUGUUUGUAAAUAUGAUAUUGGGUUGAUAUUAAAAUAUAUGAUUUUUGAAUUUAAAUAUUUUACUAUAGAUACAUUAAACAAUAGGAUUGAAACAUUUAAUUAUGGUCCUAUUGAUAUCCGUAACAGGCCUACAUUACUAUCAACAGAAAAUUUAAAACUAGGAGUUAUAAAAAUGUCAGCUGCAGAAUCAUUAUGCUUCACUAGAUAUCUUGGCUUAAUUAUAGGUGAUCUGAUUCCUGAAAAAUCUGAGGUUUGGUCUUUAUAUAUUGUUCUUAAACAAAUAAUUGAUAUUAUAUUUCAUAAAUGGAUCAGACAGCAGGAUACGGUUUUACUUAAAUGUUUAAUUUCUGAACACCAUGAACUUUACUUAAAACUAUUUCGUAUAGGACUAAAACCUAAGCAUCACCACAUGGUACAUUACCCACUUAUAAUGCAAAAAUCAGGACCGUUAAAUAUAUUUUCUUCAAUAAGGUACGAAGCCAAACAUAAAGAGUUGAAAGAUGCUGCUAAUGCUAUUACUUCUCGCAAAAAUAUUGCAUAUACCCUGGCUUUGAAACAGCAGUUGCAAUUGGCAUACAGAUUAUUAUCUUCUGAUAAUAAUUUGUAUACAAUUCCUAUACAAUUUGGACGUGUUUUAACAUUAGAUUCUUUCACAUUAGAUUUAUACAAUAAUAGAAUCAAAUUUUUAAAUAAAAAAUUUAACUUAUGUGUUGAUAAUAUUACAUUUGUGUCCUGGGUGAAUAUCAAAGGUUCAAUUUAUAAUUGUAAAAAUAUGUGUGUCGUUGUUUCUGAAGAUGAGGGUGACACUAUGAUGCCAUCUUUUGGUUUAAUUAAAGACAUUUUUAUAACUGAUGAAAAACAUUCAUUUUCCAUUUGUGAAAUGUAUGAAACUAUAUAUUUUGAUGACCACUUUCAAGCUUUUAAUGUUGUUAAGACAAAUAAUUUAAUAUGUAUUUCUUUGGAGAAAUUGGGUAGUAUAUUUCCUACUCAUGCCGUUCAUAUAUCUGGACUAACAUUCAUACCAACAAAAUAA